GCUUUUCCCGGUAUCACGUCCUUAUAUUUAUAUUACUGGCCUGCCAACAACUUCCUCAACCAUGUCGAGCGCGACGGAGCUCUUUCUCCCAUCAAAUCUACCAUAUCCUAUCAAACUCGUGUCUCUCGAUGCCAGGCCCUUAGUUUCGGUUCAACGGGGAACACGACUUUUGAGCUAUUCUUUUGUAUAUCCAUCUACUGUUGCAAACUCCAAACCUGAAACUGGUUUUGGAACAUGGGACUGCUCAGUUGAAGGUACAGUGGACGCCUGGAAGGUCAGGGCGGGAGACAUCAUCUCAGAGCAGAGGGCGAAGGAUAGGCCAGUUAUCUUGGUAUCGGAACCAUGCAAACAUGGCGUACAGGUCGGCGGACUAUGCUGUCUUUGUGGGAAGGAUAUGACUGGCUAUGAUUAUACUGGAUUCUCGGAUGCCUCUCGUGCAUCCAUCCAGAUGACACAUUCCGCCUUUGGACCGACUGUAUCGUUGGAAGAAGCCCAAAAAAUAGAGAAAGAAACUGCAGAUCACUUACUCAACUCAAGAAAACUUUCGCUGAUAGUUGAUCUUGAUCAGACUAUCGUUCAUGCGACUGUCGAUCCCACUGUUGGCGAAUGGAUCGCCGAAGGCGAGGCUUGGGAAGGAAAGAGAGCAAUGAAAAUGAAACCACCGCAACGGUCUAAAGAAGAUGAGGAUGUUUCAGAUGAGGUAGCGACAGACUCAGAGUCUGAUGAUGAGUGCAAUCCCAAUUGGGAAGCUCUCAAAGAUGUCAGGAAAUUUCAGCUUGGUCCCGAAUCUUUUGGGAUGCCUUCAUCCCCUAGAGCAUCACGCAAAGUAAAGGGUAAGCAAAAAUUUAUUGAAAAUGAAGGUUGUAUGUACUACAUCAAGCCUCGUCCUGGAUGGCAACAUUUUCUCCAUAGCAUCGCAAACAAAUAUGAAAUGCAUGUCUAUACUAUGGGCACACGUGCUUAUGCAGAAGAAGUCUGUGCUGCCAUCGAUCCGGAUGGUACAAUUUUUGGGGGGCGGAUUCUGAGUCGAGAUGAGAGUGGUAGCUUAACUCAAAAAAGUCUUCAGCGACUUUUUCCAUGUGAUACUUCUAUGGUCGUCAUUAUAGAUGAUCGAGCAGAUGUGUGGGAAUGGAGUCCAAACCUCGUUAAAGUUAUACCCUAUGAUUUCUUCGUUGGAAUAGGAGACAUCAACUCUACAUUUUUACCGAAAGUUCAGCCUCUCACAACUGCCAUUCCUCCAGUACCUGGCAAAUCAUUAUCAGAUAUUUUACCAUCGCUGCCCGCCACAAGCACAGCGUCGCCUGCCAUUUUGUCGCCUCCAGUCCUGACAACCGAGGCACUGGAGCGCAAUGAACUAGCAUCGAAGACCCUACUUACCCAGAAUUCUUUAGCUCUUGAGGCUCAGGUAGAAGAGCGACCGCUGGCUAAAAAGCAAGAAGAACUACGCUUUGCCUCAGACGAUGGUAAAGUUACUGAAGUCGCUCAGGAAACCCCUGCAGGUCGUUCUGCAACGGGAUGUCAAGAAAAGCAAUGCGCGAGUACCAAGCCAGACAAGGGCGUACGCCAGGCACUACUAAAUAAUGAUGACGUUGAACUACAGCGUGUCAAGAAUUUGCUUGAAGAUAUCCACCGCCGCUUCUUUGGUGCUUAUGAUUCUCGCUCACCGGAAGGCAGGGGGAAGAAGCGAAAAACAAGUUUAUUGGGAAGAUAUCGACCUGACAAGCCAUAUGAUGUCACCAAAAUCAUACCUUCGAUGCGGAAGGAAACGCUGGAUGGUAUUCAUAUACUCUUCUCAAGUGUCAUACCGCUUGAUACUAAGCCAGAGACAACUGAGAUAUGGAAAGUCGCAGAGAUGUUUGGGGCUCAAUGUUGUACCGAGUUAUCAAGUCGAAUCACGCAUGUUGUAGCAGCCAAGCAUGGUACAGUUAAGGUAGAUGCAGCAAGGAAACGUGGCGGCAUCAAAAUUGUAUGGCUGUCAUGGUUCACGGACUCUAUUGCACUCUGGAGCCAUCAAGACGAAACCCCUUAUCUUUUGGACGAACCUCCUACAGCAGGUCCCAGUUCAAGUCCAACUCUUGAUCCUAACCAAAUUUCAUCGGACCCUGAACCCGAUGGAGAUGACUGGGAUUUGGACCCACUUACCGUAGGAACUCAGUCCAACUUGAAGUCAUUUGGGCUGGCUGAAAUCGACUGGGAUGAUAUCAACGAUGAGGUUGAUGCUGCUAUGAAUGAAAGUGAUGAUGAUGACACACGAAGCGCUAGAAGCAUGGCCAAUGGAAACGUAUCGAACGACGAUGGAGAUGCUACGGACAUACAAAGCCGCGUUAGCGGUGUGGCUUCCACUCCACGGCACAAUCGCAAGCGCUUACGCAACACUACUCCCUCGGAUAUCGGAAAUGAGUGGACAAAUCAGAGGCAUGAUGACACGCUUCGGUCGCCCCUUGCAAAACGUAAGAAGGUCGCUGCUGGCCGGUCGGGAUCAUCCAGAUUAAAGGAAGCUAUAUCAGCUGAAGAUCUGGAUGAUGAUCCUGAAUCAGCGGUGAGUGAGCACAGCGGUGGCAACAAUAGCUCAGGUAUACCGCAAGGAAUUUUUGAUGGCCUGCGGGAGGAGGAGGAGGAGGAGGAAGGUGAUGGUGACGAUGAAGACGACUUCUUAGCUCGUGAAUUGGAGGAGGAAUGGGGAUAGUGACUGACAAGUAACGCUUCUGCAGCCAAAUUCAUAUCGAUAAACUAGCGCGUGAGAUCACCAGUGAAGACUAAACGGAGUGUGAAUAAUAUUGCAGUGCCAGCCGCUGGCAUGUGAUUUCGUCAGU